CACUGCGUUUCCAAAACACGUUUUCUCUCUUUCACCAGAAAAAAAAAAAAAAUCUUCGAUAUUUUCUCACUUCUUUUUUUUUAAAAUUAAAUUCUCGUGAUAAAUCCUUCACAAGUUUUAUUUUCUAGUUUUGAUUCUCUCGAAAUCUCUUCCUAAUAAACCGAUAAACUUCCCUUGAUUCUCAAGUUUAUCAUCCUUUUAUAAAUCAAUUUUUUUUCUUUUCAUUUUGAUGCAAAUAUUGAGAGAGAAAAAUGAUUAUGAAUAUGAUGGAUGAGGAGUUACACGAGUACAUGGACUUUCGACCAUUGAAGUACUCUGAGCACAAAACAUCAGUCACCAAAUACACCAAAACGUCACCGGAAACUCGACCUGACUCAGUUAAAAUCGUUCGCGUCUCCGUAACCGAUCCUUACGCGACCGACUCAUCAAGCGACGAAGAAGAAGAAGACUUCCUCUUUCCUCGCCGGCGAGUCAGGAGAUUCGUUAACGAGAUCAAAGUCGAGCCAGGCUGCAACAACACCGGAGUUUCGAUGAAGGAGAGGAAGAGACUCUCGUCUCCGGCGUCGGACCGCCACCGUCCUCUCAAAGUGUCGACCUCCUCGGGGCAAAACGUGAGGAAGUUCCGCGGCGUUAGACAGCGGCCGUGGGGGAAAUGGGCGGCGGAGAUUCGAGAUCCGGAGCAGAAGCGGAGGCUUUGGCUCGGGACUUUCGAGACGGCGGAGGAAGCCGCCGUGGUUUACGAUAACGCUGCUAUUAGACUCCGUGGACCGGACGCUCUAACCAACUUCUCUGUACCGCCUCAAUCUCAAGAAGAGUCAGAACCGGAACAACCGGUUAUUGAUAAACCGGAAAGCAACAUUACAACGACAAUAACAACAUCGAGUACCGAAUCAACUGAAGAUUUUCAGCAUGUUUCAUCUCCCACAUCGGUUCUCAAUCUCCAAUCAUCAUCCGAAGAAAUACAACAACCGUUUAAAUCAGCUAAACCGGAACCGGAAAUUUCAGAUGCAUCGUGGUGCCAUACCGGGUUUAGUUCCGGUUCAGGUGAAUCAGAAGAUUCGUUUAUGUUGGAUAGUACGUUUCUAGACAACUAUUUCAACGAAUCAACACCGGAGUUUUCAAUCCUCGAUCAACCAAUGGGUCAAUUAUUUUUGGAAAAUGAUGUCUUCAGUGAUACUUUCUUGGAUGAAGAAAUUAUGAUGAACAUUGGAGAUGAGUUUACUAAAGAUAUUGGCUCAGUGUUCAGUGAAUUUGAUGAUUCGUUGAUAUCAGAUCUGUUAGUCGUUUAAUAUCAUGAGCAAGAGAAUAAGAGAAACCAUAGCAAAGAUGUAUGGUGCGUGCGACCAAACAACAAUUUUGAUGUUUUUUGAAAUUUAUUUAAUGAGCUUUUUAGCAUUUAAUAAUUUAGUUUUGUCAGGAGCUUGUAAAACAAUUUUGGAGGAAUAGUGGGGAAAUAGUUAAUGAGUUUUGUUCUUAUUCAAUAAUUAAAUGUGUUAUUAGUUGCA